CUCCCCCCCUGAUGGAGUCCGAGAUGCUGCAGUCGCCUCUUCUGGGACUCGGGGAGGAAGAUGAGGCCGACCUUACAGACUGGAACCUGCCUUUGGCUUUUAUGAAAAAGAGGCACUGUGAGAAAAUUGAAGGCUCCAAAUCCUUAGCUCAGAGCUGGAGGAUGAAGGAUCGGAUGAAGACCGUCAGUGUUGCCUUAGUUUUGUGCCUGAAUGUCGGUGUGGACCCUCCAGAUGUGGUGAAGACCACCCCCUGUGCACGCUUAGAAUGCUGGAUUGAUCCUCUGUCAAUGGGUCCUCAGAAAGCUCUGGAAACCAUUGGUGCAAAUUUACAGAAGCAGUAUGAGAACUGGCAGCCAAGGGCCCGGUACAAGCAGAGCCUCGAUCCCACCGUGGAUGAAGUGAAGAAGCUUUGCACAUCUUUACGCCGAAACGCCAAGGAGGAGCGGGUUCUCUUCCACUACAACGGCCACGGGGUGCCCAGGCCCACAGUGAAUGGGGAGAUCUGGGUCUUCAACAAGAACUACACUCAGUACAUCCCUCUGUCUAUAUAUGACCUGCAGACAUGGAUGGGCAGCCCGUCAAUAUUCGUCUACGACUGCUCCAAUGCUGGCCUAAUUGUCAAGUCCUUCAAACAGUUUGCUCUGCAGAGGGAGCAGGAGUUGGAGGUCGCUGCAAUUAACCCAAACCACCCACUUGCGCAGAUGCCUUUGCCCCCGUCGAUGAAGAACUGCAUUCAGCUGGCAGCCUGUGAGGCCAACGAGCUCCUGCCCAUGAUCCCCGACCUCCCAGCUGACCUGUUCACAUCGUGCCUCACCACUCCCAUCAAAAUCGCCCUGCGCUGGUUUUGCAUGCAGAAGUGUGUUAGUCUGGUGCCUGGAGUCACACUGGAUUUAAUAGAAAAGAUUCCCGGCCGGCUGAACGACAGGAGGACUCCUUUGGGCGAACUGAAUUGGAUCUUCACAGCGAUCACAGACACUAUCGCAUGGAAUGUGCUCCCUCGGGAUCUCUUCCAAAAGCUCUUCAGACAGGACCUGUUGGUGGCUAGUCUGUUCCGAAAUUUUUUAUUGGCGGAAAGGAUCAUGAGGUCGUAUAACUGCACCCCAGUCAGCAGCCCACGCCUGCCCCCCACUUACAUGCAUGCAAUGUGGCAAGCCUGGGACCUUGCUGUCGACAUUUGUCUCUCUCAGCUGCCGACAAUCAUUGAGGAAGGCACUGCAUUUCGGCACAGUCCAUUCUUUGCUGAGCAGCUGACUGCGUUCCAGGUGUGGCUCACAAUGGGCGUGGAGAACAGGAAUCCACCCGAACAACUUCCCAUUGUUUUACAGGUGCUGUUGAGCCAAGUGCACCGGCUGAGAGCCCUGGACCUGCUGGGAAGAUUUCUGGACCUGGGUCCAUGGGCGGUGAGCCUGGCCUUGUCUGUGGGCAUCUUCCCCUACGUGCUGAAGCUGCUCCAGAGCUCGGCAAGGGAGCUGCGGCCUCUUCUUGUUUUCAUAUGGGCCAAGAUUCUCGCCGUGGACAGUUCAUGCCAAGCUGACCUGGUGAAGGACAACGGUCACAAAUAUUUCCUUUCGGUCUUGGCAGACCCUUAUAUGCCAGCUGAACAUAGGACCAUGACGGCUUUCAUUCUCGCUGUGAUUGUCAACAGCUAUAAUACUGGCCAGGAAGCCUGCCUCCAGGGAAACUUGAUUGCCAUCUGCCUAGAGCAGCUCAACGACCCCCACCCCUUGCUGCGCCAAUGGGUGGCCAUCUGCUUAGGACGGAUCUGGCAGAACUUUGACUCGGCUAGGUGGUGUGGAGUGAGGGACAGUGCUCACGAGAAACUCUGCAGCCUCCUCUCCGACCCCAUUCCUGAGGUGCGCUGUGCAGCGGUCUUCGCCCUCGGCACGUUUGUGGGCAACUCUGCAGAGAGGACCGACCACUCGACCACCAUUGACCACAACGUGGCCAUGAUGCUGGCCCAGCUAAUCAACGACGGGAGUCCCGUGGUCCGGAAGGAACUGGUGGUGGCUCUGAGUCAUCUUGUAGUUCAAUAUGAAAGCAAUUUCUGCACCGUGGCCUUGCAGUUCAUGGAAGAGGAAAAGAACUACCCCUUGCCUUCUCCAGCAACCACAGAGGGCGGGAGUUUGACCCCAGUGCGCGACAGCCCCUGCACUCCCAGGCUCCGUUCUGUGAGUUCCUAUGGAAACAUUCGCGCAGUCACCACUGCUAGAAGCUUGAACAAAUCUCUGCAGAAUCUGAGCUUGACUGAAGAAUCCGGCAGCUCCGUGGCGUUCUCCCCCGGGAACCUGAGCACCAGCAGCAGCGCCAGCAGCACCCUGGGUAGCCCCGAGAACGAGGAGUACAUCCUCUCCUUCGAGACCAUUGACAAGAUGCGCCGCGUCAGCUCCUACUCCUCCCUCAACUCUCUCAUAGGAGUUUCUUUUAAUAGUGUUUACACUCAAAUUUGGAGAGUCUUAUUGCAUCUGGCUGCGGAUCCCUAUCCAGAUGUUUCCGAUUUGGCUAUGAAAGUGCUCAACAGCAUCGCCUACAAGGCUACAGUGAACGCCCGGCCUCAGCGCAUCCUCACCACAUCCUCUCUCACUCAGUCGGCGCCCGCCAGCCCCACCAACAAGGGCAUCCACAUCCACCAGGCCGGAGGCUCCCCCCCAACAUCCAGCGCAAGCAGCUCCAGCCUGACUAACGAUGUGGCCAAGCAGCCGGUCAGCCGAGACCUGCCUCCAGGCCGGCCAGGCACCACCGGCACCACGGGCGUGCAGUACACACCCCACUCCCACCAGUUCCCCAGGACACGGAAGAUGUUUGACAAGGGCCCAGACCAGACCACUGACGAUCCAGAUGAUACUGCUGGACACAAAAGUUUCAUCUCAGCCACAAUGCAGACAGGAUUCUGCGACUGGAGCGCCCGAUAUUUUGCACAGCCCGUCAUGAAGAUCCCGGAAGAGCAUGACCUGGAGAGUCAGAUCCGCAAGGAGCGGGAAUGGCGAUUUCUACGCAACACCCGCGUCAGAAAGCAGGCGCAGCAGCUCAUCCAGAAGGGUAUCACGAGACUGGAUGACCAGAUAUUUCUGAACAGGAAUCCUGGCGUCCCCUCCGUGGUCAAGUUUCACCCCUUUACACCAUGUGUGGCUGUAGCUGACAAAGACAGCAUCUGUUUUUGGGACUGGGAGAAAGGGGAGAAGCUGGAUUAUUUCCACAACGGAAACCCUCGGUACACAAGGGUCACCGCCAUGGAGUAUCUGAACGGCCAGGACUGCUCACUCCUGCUCACGGCCACAGAUGAUGGCGCCAUCAGGGUCUGGAAGAACUUCGCUGAUUUGGAGAAGAAUCCAGAAAUGGUGACUGCUUGGCAGGGGCUUUCAGACAUGCUGCCAACAACCCGAGGAGCCGGGAUGGUGGUGGACUGGGAGCAGGAGACCGGCCUCCUCAUGAGCUCAGGGGAUGUGCGGAUCGUCCGGAUCUGGGACACGGACCGGGAGAUGAAGGUGCAGGACAUCCCCACAGGUGCUGACAGCUGCGUGACAAGCCUGUCUUGCGACUCCCACCGCUCCCUCAUCGUGGCCGGCCUUGGGGACGGCUCCAUCCGCGUCUACGACAGAAGGAUGGCGCUCAGCGAAUGCCGCGUCAUGACGUACCGGGAGCACACGGCCUGGGUGGUGAAGGCCUACCUCCAGAAGCACCCCGAAGGCCACAUCAUGAGCGUGAGCGUCAAUGGAGAUGUGCGCUUCUUCGAUCCGCGGAUGCCGGAGUCUGUGAAUGUCCUUCAGAUCGUGAAGGGGCUCACGGCCCUUGACAUCCACCCCCAGGCAAACCUGAUCGCAUGUGGCUCCAUGAACCAGUUCACCGCCAUCUACAACGGGAAUGGGGAAUUGAUCAACAACAUCAAGUACUACGACGGCUUCAUGGGCCAGCGGGUCGGAGCCAUCAGCUGCUUGGCCUUCCACCCACACUGGCCUCACCUGGCCGUGGGGAGCAACGACUACUACAUCUCCGUGUACUCGGUGGAGAAGCGUGUCAGAUAGUGGGCGCCCCGCUCCCCGCCAGGCCACGAUGUACAUAGUGGACCCUCCAUGCUGCCUGUGAACACGGGUCCUGACCUGGCUGCUGAGGGCUCAAGGAGGGCCGUCUGUCUGUCUUCACUGUCACGCUCAGGAGCCCAGGGAAGGGGGCCCUGGUAGAGUCCUGUGGUGUGACAGCCGCUUCUUUGCUGAGACACAGCAUCCAGGCCGAGGACACAGUCGCAGUUCGUCCCAGCACCCUUCCCAUGCUGUUUUUCUUCUGAGAUUUUUAAAGGGGGAAACACACUCAUUUUAUCUUCCUAGUGAUCUAAGCAUUAGCUCCACAAAAGCUGCCGGACAGAAGCCAGCUUCCCCAGGCGCAGCCACCCUGGUGGACAGGCGGCGUGGGGUGCGGAGAGACAACAAGAAGGUGCAGCCCCCUCCCGGGCACAUCCUCCCUUCCGCCACCCACCAGUCCUCGCCUGCUCGGGGCCGGCACGGCCAAACGGGCUCACCCUCCCCACACAGCCCACCUUCCCCAGCACAGGCGUGACUCCGGAUUCGAGUUUGGGCCCCUCUCACCCCAGAUCCGUUAGCAGGUGGGGCCUGGGCUUUGGACAGCGAGGCAGGACCUGAGCGAUUCAGCCGCUGCCUCAGGCCCAGGGCUUGUUUCUCUCCGAAGUGCUGCUCUUCCCCGGGCAGGUGCAGUGACAGCGCCCAGGCCCCGUGAUCUCCCCACCUGUGCCUGCACGCAGGCGCACACGCAUGUGCGGUCCCAUAGCAUCCCUGUGUGUGCUUGCACAUGCAGUACAUGUGCAUCACACACAUGAACAUGUGGAGGGGCCAUGGGAGCCUGAGAGUAUCUGUGGGUAAACAGUGGCCCACCUCCAGCCCCUUGUACCCAAACACGGGUGCAACUAAAGUUGCACCUCGCAGCGAAUAAUGCAGAAGAGUUCCUCUGUGAUUGCUUUAGCACAGGUCAGGGCAUCUGUGCCUGUCUGUGCGUGUGCACGUGCACGGCAGGUGCGCCAUGGGGACAGUUUAGCCCCAGGAAGGACCACAGCAAAUGUGCUGAGCAAUUGCAGACAAAGUGCUUAGAAAACAGAACACAACCACAAUGAUGAUAUUUUGAAAAGCAUUUUUUCCAUUUUCCUUGGGAAUCAGGAUUAUUCAGAGAUAGAAGAGUGAGCUGGCUUAACUAAUUCUGCCAAUAAGAGGCCACUAAUGGUGGGAAUGUAAGAGCUGUGCCGGAAGUUGAGGUCCCCUCAUGCUGCAUCUUCCGAGCAGCGAGAGGAACAGCACAGCCUGGGUGGGCUGGGCCGGAAUCUGUGCUGGGGCUGGGUGGGGCAGGACAGGGCUAGAAGGGGCAAGAUGAAGGAAGCAGCCCUUCUGCUGCCUGUAGGACAGGUAUGCUCCCACUAGGAGAAGGUUCUGGGAUGAAAUUCCCACCGCUGGCUCUGUGAUUGCUUUUACCAUGUUCCGGGUGAACAAGCAGUGUGGGGUCAGGAAGGCCACAGAAAGUUCCGACCCUCCCACACAGCCACCUGUCAGCUCUACACGGCACUCUAGGCAGUGACGCCGGAACCUUCUGGAAGCUGAGCUCCACCCACAGACACUGAGAGAGCAUAUGACCCACUGCUAGCUGACUCACGGAGUGAUUCCACUCCAGAUUCUAAGCUGACAUGUGGUUCUGUUUGUUUUGAGACAAAACCAUCACCUCGCAUCAUCAAGUGCAAGGCUCCAGAGGAGGAGCAACGCCCUCCCGCCUCGCCCAGUGCCGCCCGCUCCCGUGUGCCACCUAGGGGCUGUGUCCUCACAGGUCUGAUGCGAAAAUUCAAUCAUGGAAUAACCGAGGCUCACGAGAGCAUGACUUAAAGGUUCAUUUAUCUCUAUUUAUUUUACCAAAAUUAGAAUUGAAAAAGACUUUGACAAAACGUGGAAUUGUAAUGUGAAAGUAAGAGUGAUGACAACAAACUGUUAAUAAAAAAUAAACAAGUGCAGAGAUGGCGGCAGGCGGCUUUGUCUUUU